AUGGAAAUGGCUGCCGGCAUGGAAGUGGUCGGCGGUGCCGGGGCUCAUCAUCACCACCACCAUCACCCGCAUCACCGGAGCUGGUACGAGACGCCGGCCGGGUCGUCGUCGUCGUGCCGGGACGAGCCGCUGGUGGCCGACAACAUGUCGGACCACAUGAACUCGUUCUUCGCCCAUCACCACGUAAGCGCGCUGGACGCUCACCCCGCGGCCAGGGACUACCAUCAUCACCGAGCGGCGGCGGCGGCCACGGCCGCUGCAGCAGCGCCGUAUCACCGCGAAUCGCUCACCGUCACCGCCCGCUACUAUCACCAGCAGAUCCACUCUCCGUUCGCGCCGCCUCCGCCGACGUCGUCGCACGGAUCGACGAGAAACAUGUGUAGGCCGUCUCACUUCUCUCAUCCGGCUGCCGCCUGGCUGAACGGUGGCAACAACAACAACAACAAUAACAAUAACAACAACGGAAAUAACCAGUUAGACACCAAAAUGCAAUCGUCGUCACCCGGCGGCGGUUGGUAUUCGUCGUCGCCGACGGUGCAGGACGACUCGCCAUCCGCGGUCGCCUCUUCGUCCAAAGACAUGCAACAUUCCGGCGGCGGAGGAGGCAACAACAACAACAACGGCGGCGGCGUCGGUGGCGGACAUCCGAUGUUCACGUUCCCGCCGACACCGCCUAAGGACAGCACGCCCGACUCGAUGACCACCGCCACGACGACGGCCACGAGCUCGUCGUCGUCGUCUUCGUCUUCGAACAGCGCGGCGGCCGCGGCUGCUGCUGCGGCCACCGCCUACUCCAUUGCGUCCAUGGGCGUGUUCCUGCACCCGGACAACCAUCAGGGAUGCGGUGGCGGCGGCGGAGGAGGAGGCGUCGGCGUCCAGGACGUGAAGCCGUCCAUGCUGGUGGCCGGUGGCUCGUCGUCAAAACAGCGCGAAGGUACCUCGUCGUCGAGCGGCGCCACGUCGCCCGGCAGCUCGACGUCCGCCUCGUCCUCGUUUAACGCGUACCACCUGAACCACCAUCAUCACCACCUCGGCGGCGGCGGCGGUGGUGGCGGCGGCGGCGGUCAACACGAACCGGCCGCCGGCACCGCUGCCCCGACGUCCUCGUCGUCCUACACCCAUUAUCCCUAUCACCACCACCAUCACCACCAUUCGGCCAUCGCUCCCGCCGUUUUCUCGCCCGCCAAACACCCCUCGUCCUCAUGCCAUUCGCCCGGCACCAACGCCAUGAAAAACUCCUCGUCCUCGUCGUCCAGAAAUAAGUCUAGGACCAGCGCCGAAGGACGAGAGUGCGUGAACUGCGGAGCCACGUCGACUCCAUUGUGGAGGAGAGACGGCACCGGACACUACCUGUGUAAUGCGUGUGGCCUCUACUAUAAAAUGAACGGGCAAAACCGGCCGCUGAUUAAGCCCAAGAGACGUCUGUCCUUGCAGUCGGCUGCCCGUAGAGCCGGGACGAGCUGUGCGAAUUGCAAAACGUCCACCACGACGCUGUGGAGGAGAAACCAAAACGGCGAACCCGUUUGCAACGCUUGCGGUCUCUACUACAAACUGCACAACGUUAACCGGCCGUUGACGAUGAAAAAGGAAGGAAUACAAACACGGAACCGGAAGCUGUCUUCCAAGUCCAAGAAGAAGAAGGGUUCGAUAGUCGGUGGCCUGGGCGGCGGAAUUGGCGGCGGCAUCGGUGGUGGCGGCGGCGGAGGCGGUGGCGCUUGUCUGUCGUUGUCCGGCAUGAUGCGCGGCGACGGCACCGGCGCGGGUUACCACCACCCGGCGUCCGCUGCUCUGCACCCGCAUCCUGCGGCCAUGAGCCACUACCAUCACCACGCGGCCGCUGCGGCCGCGGCCAUGUAUCACCAUCACCAUCACCAGGCCACGCAGCCGGCUGCACCCACCGCGCCCAUACACCCUCACCACCACCACAUGGCGUCACUCACCGGACUCGGGUUGCCCACAUCGUCAAACGCAAUGGCUAGUUGGAGAUCCGAGUACGCGUGA